UGUGUUUGUCCAAACAAAAGGGUUCUGUAAAUCUUGCAGACAAGGUUGUGUGCUAAUGUUUAACUCUCCUUGUUUUUCUUUCCAUCCAUUAGGCAACACUGACCAGCGCACAUCUUGACAAGGUUUCCUAGCAACCUCUUCUUCUGCAGGGCUGAAUGACAGCAGGAACAGGAGAGGCGGGCUAAUUGAUGAGCUUGCCCUGGGAGUCUAUAAAUACCUGAAAUUGCAAGGCAACAUGGGUCAGAAGGUCACUGGUGGGAUAAAGACUGUGGAUAUGAGGGACCCUGUAUACAGGCCACUGAAGCAGGAGCUCCAGGGGCUGGACUACUGCAAGCCCACCCGCCUGGACUUGCUAUUGGACAUGCCUUCGGUAUCCUACGAUGUCCAGUUGCUACAUUCGUGGAAUAACGACGACCGGUCGCUGAAUGUAUUUGUGAAGGAAGAUGACAAACUAAUAUUUCACCGGCAUCCGGUGGCUCAGAGCACAGACGCCAUUCGAGGCAAAGUCGGAUAUACCCGAGGACUGCACGUGUGGCAGAUUACGUGGGCAAUGAGACAGCGGGGCACCCACGCGGUGGUCGGCGUGGCGACGGCAGACGCACCCCUGCAUUCUGUAGGGUACACGACGCUUGUAGGAAAUAACCAUGAAUCUUGGGGCUGGGACCUUGGGCGGAACAGGCUGUACCACGACGGGAAGAACCAGCCGAGUAAAACCUACCCUGCCUUCCUGGAACCAGAUGAGACUUUUAUAGUGCCGGACUCUUUCCUGGUGGUCCUGGACAUGGAUGAUGGGACCUUGAGCUUCAUUGUAGAUGGACAGUACAUGGGCGUUGCUUUUCGAGGGCUCAAAGGGAAAAAACUGUAUCCAGUUGUAAGUGCCGUGUGGGGGCACUGUGAAAUACGGAUGCGCUACUUGAAUGGGCUUGACCCGGAACCACUGCCUCUGAUGGAUCUGUGCCGGCGUGCUGUGAGGCUGGCCUUGGGCAAGGAAAGACUGAAUGAGAUCCAUUCACUGCCACUGCCAGCAUCCCUCAAGAGCUACCUUCUUUACCAAUGAUCUUGUGGAAGGACGUUUAAGAGCUGAAACCAGGGCAUAUGAUUUGGCACCAACCCGCUUAGACACAGUGGUCUUGACACCUUCCCCUCUGCCUCUCCGUUGCUAGUGACAGACCUUCUUGGCCGAAGAACCUUCCUCCAAUGCCAAAUUCAAACGUGCCCUUGAACAGCUGGUUCUGAAGUAUCCUUAUAUUGCAACGAAGAAUGACCUCUUACUGUUGAAGGUCCCUUCCCUGUAAUACUAACACCAAAAUCCCCACUGCAGGAUCUCUGCAGCCCGUGCCGUUUUCCUCCCGACUCGUGGCAAGCGGCUGUAGAGCGUCCAUUAUGAACUCGUGCAAUCCGGGAGCAAACUCUGUCCCUUGCGUUGGCUGAAGGGGGGGCAUGAAGCCGAGGGGGAAGUGUGGGGAGUGGCACCAUGUCAAACAUCAGGGGCUAAGUGUGGGAAGGCACAAGGUGGCUAAUGAGAAAUGGGGGGGGUGGCCUUCUGAAAACCGAGGAAGGAAUGCCUCAAUGCAAAGUUGAUGCCAAAAAACUCCACAUGGACACUCUCCCCCCCCCUGUUUUUUACCUUGGAUAUGGUGGCGACAUAGCUGAUGUUAGUGUCAGGAUGCCGUCUCGACUCUCACCAUCACUUUCAGGUCUCCCUGUCCGUUCCUGGUCAUGUCUCUCUUUCUUUCUUUCACAGCCAGUGUGACACUAGUGGCAGGCAUGAAGCCUGGAGUGGGUAAAUGAAUUGAGCAGCUGCUCGGUCUGCAUCUUACCUUCUUUUUCUUAUGUCAGUUCUAACCUGCAGCUUUAAAGUGCAGGGUCAGGUGGCUCCCUGGUGGUAAUGA